AUGGGAGUUCCACGAAAGGAAAAUGCCUCGGAAUUCCGGCCAAUCCGGAUUGAGGACUCGGAAAACUAUCAAAACUAUUCUGACAAGAACUCAACGAAAUCUCGCAAUAAGGCCGCGAAGAAGAUGCGGCUGGGCGGAAAGACGGCUCGUCGGAUGCUCGGCGAUGACGUGGAUAACGACGGCGUCAAUGUGAAGAGAAAUAUGGGCAUGAGGAAGUGGAGACGUGUGGAGCAUGCCCGCAUCAUGAUGUCGUUCACCGAUUUGGACGACAUUUGCGAGGACGGAUCGGACAUUGCCACUCCACCGACCACAGCGUUCGAUAAGCUGUUCGCGGAUAAGGAAAAUAUGAAGCUAUGGAACCAAUUCUGCGAAAAGGAAGAAACUGAGCAACUUCGCAUUCUCAAUGGGACGUCGAAGCUCCAGAAGACUCCGGACACCCCGACGACGUCGUCAGGAGCCGUCGCCACUACUCCGACCUCGAAGACGUCACUCAAGAAGCCAGUAAGACGCUUCUCUCCGUACUCCGGAGCCGCCUGCUUCGACCGUAUCGACUUCAAAAGUCGUAUGGCUCUUCUCGGGAGAAAAGUCAACUGGGCUUUUAUCGAUUUCCUGGAGAAGGAGCUACGCAACGUCUUCCGAAUCGAUGAGAAUAAUCAGCAGGACACGGAGGCCGUCUUCAUUGGGCACUACCCGGCGUCCUCGGAUCGAUUGCUGGCUCAUAUUGUGGCUCAAUGGCUCGGGUUGAGCUCUCAAAGUGUCACGGAUCCGAUUCUCAAAGAACGGAUCACUGAGAUUCGCAACCGUCGACCACUGAUUCCACCCCAAACGACGCUGAUUGCUCAUAUGGAGGAUCGGAUUCUGAAGCGGCCACUGGACUUUGUGCCGUUUUCUAUGAGAGAGGAGGAUGAGAAGGAUGUGGAAGACGUCGCUGUUGGAGGGGAGGAGACUCCUGAAGAGGACGAGGAGAAGGAUCUCAUGAACGAUCAUGAUACAUCGUUCCUCAUCGACGACCUCGCCGAUCUCAACGUCUCCAACUCGAAUUCCACGGCCUCAGAUUCUGAAGAGUGGGAAAAAGUGCCAAAAGAGGAGGAUUUCUAG